GUGAGGCGAUGGGAGGGAUUGGGGAUGUGUGAGUUUCUUUCUUCUCUUGAAGUCGAUUCUUUUCUUUGUUUUGAGGGUUGCUUGUUUGGAUGGGUGAUUGUUUGGGGAGAUGGGUUGGUGUGUGAUGGGAGAUGGGUGUGGAUGGAUGGAUGAGGUGGUAAAGGAUUGGUUUGGGUUGUUUGAUGGUUAAUCGAUGAGGGGGAAAGUUGAAGAGGCCUGGAGAUGGGAGACGGGCGAGAGAGGGAGCGAGUGAGUGGAUAGAUGCUAAUUUGAUCUCUAAUAGGGUCUUCAAGAAGGUUGAUGAUGCUACAGAUGCUACAGAGGGGACCUCGAUAGGUCCGGAGAAGGGAGACAGGUUUACUGGUUUGUGGAAUCUUUCCUAUCGUUUUUUUCUUUCUUUGAUUCCGCUUAUUCUUCUGUGCUGUCUUGAUUGAGGAGUGGGGGUGUGGUUUUUUUUGAUGAGUGAUGAGGCGGUGGUCGUGGGACUGGGUGGAUUUGAGGGGAUUUCAGGGGUGGAGGAUUGGAAGGGGGAUAUGAUGGUAGAGACCAAGUGGUUCUGCUUGUAUAUGAGGCUAUACACGGAUUAUUUUCGGCUUGGAGCUUCAACGACGAGGAUAUGUUUGGAGACAAACAGCAGUUUCCUUCCUCCUUCUCCUAUUCUUUUAUAUCGACAUCUUCAUGUUGAAGAACGUUAAUAAUUGCUGUGUAGCAAAGUUACAUGCUCGAGGAGUAGCAAAACGUCUUGGUGUCAAGGAUGGUCUCAUCUAUCUAUCCGGAUUGCCUUCAAUGACAUACGAAGACUCAGAUCAAGCGGUAUUCUUUCGUCAACGUCGAUACUUCUAUUAUCUGAGUGGUCUCAACACACCCGACUGCUUCGUCACCUACCACAUAAAAACCGAUUGCCUAACUGCUUGGAUUCCACCUCCCAAUUAUGGUCGUAGUGUUCUAUACAAUGGCCAGAAUCCAACGCCUGAAGAGAUAUUCGCCAUCUCAGAUUUCGACAGCGUCGCAUACAACACAGAAUUGAGAGGAGCUCUUUCGAAAUACGCUCACCGAGAACCCGGAAAAAUCUAUCUCCUACACGAUUUCCAGUUUUCGGCCAUUUUAGAGACAAUCACUUGGCCCACAGGCGAGACUACCUCUUUACAUUCCAUCGGAUCUCGAUUCGAUGUCAAUUCCUUGAUGCCUGCCAUGAAUCUUUGUCGUGCAAUCAAAUCACCUUAUGAAAUCAAGUGUAUCCGGAAGGCUUGUGAUGUUUCUGCACUGGCACAUAAAAAUGUCCUUCGUGCUCUAAGACAGAUUUCUAAUGAGACGCAUGUUGAGGCCAUCUUUCAUGCAACUUGCAUCUUCAAUCAUGCUAAGCGACAGGCAUAUGGUGUUAUUGCUGGUUCUGGCACUAAUGCGAGUUUACUCCGUAAGUAGUUGGUUUUAUUGUUCUGUCACUCCAUCGCAACGGAAUAUCAACUGAUCGGUAUUUUAGACUACGGUACCAACGACGCGGACUUUGACCAAAAACAAUUGAUGGUCCUAGAUGCCGGAUGUGAGUGGAAAAACUACUCAUCAGACAUCACCCGCACAUUCCCCCUCAACGGAGAAUGGACACCAGAAGCAAAAGAGAUCUACGACCUCGUCGACCAAAUGCAACGAGAAUGCAUCGCCAUGGUCAAACCCGGAGCCGAUUACCGAAUCGUCGAUCGACACGCUCAUAAAGUUGCCGUUCGAGGCCUCAUGAAGCUGGGAAUCCUACGAAAUGGGACCUUCCAAGAGAUCUAUGAAGCGGGCGCCUCUACCCCCUUCUUACCUCAUGGUCUUGGUCGUAAGUUCUCCAUCUCCACUUUCCUCCCAGCAUUCAAUUCCCGCAGACUAACAAAAUCAAUAGAUUACAUGGGCCUCGAAGUCCACGACGUCGUCGAAACCAGCUCUACCUCCCUCCUACCCCACUCCCACAUCCACUCCCCCGAUUUCCGCGCCUCCGAAACCACCAUGCCCAGCUACGCGCCGGCGAUUCUGGAGGUCAACCAUGUGCUCACGGUCGAGCCGGGUAUCUACUUUAACCGUGAUGCCUUUGAGCGGAUGUACCUGAAGGAUCCCGUCUUGAAGAAGUAUAUCAAUAAAGAGGGACUGGAACGGUAUUAUCCUGUUGGAGGCGUACGGAUCGAGGAUGAUAUUUUGGUUGUUGAGGGGGGGAAUGAGGUGUUGAGUUUGGUGCCGAAGGGGGAGGAGGCAUUGCGGAUUAUUAGGGAGGGUGGCGAGGGGUUUUAG